CCCGCCUAAUAAUUGAAACUAAAUUUUUUUUUAUUUUUUUCGAUUUUGUCCCUCCUUCUUCCCACUAUUUACCAAAACAUCAUGUUUUUAUCUCGCACUUCUUCUGCUGCACUCAAGGCUAGCGCUUGGUCUUCUGUUAGAGCCAACUCUAUUCGUGCUAUCACUACCGCUACUCCCAGUAUUACACAAGCCUUUACUGCUCAAAAGAAUGCCAAUGGUAAUUACGUUGUCACUUUGAUUCCUGGUGAUGGCAUUGGUCCCGAGAUCUCACGUUCAGUCAAGGAAAUCUUUGCUGCAGCCAAGACACCUAUUGAAUGGGAAGAAGUUGAUGUCACUCCUGUCCUUAAGGACGGCAAGACUGCUAUCCCCGAGGAUGCCAUUGCCAGUGUUCGUCGUAACACCGUUGCUCUCAAGGGUCCUUUGGCUACACCCAUCGGUAAGGGUCACGUCUCACUCAACUUGACCCUUCGUCGUACCUUCAACUUGUAUGCCAACGUUCGUCCUUGCCGUUCUGUUGCUGGAUACAAGACACCUUAUGAAAAUGUAGACACUGUUCUUAUCCGUGAAAACACAGAAGGUGAAUACUCUGGUAUUGAACAUGAAGUUGUGGAUGGUGUUGUCCAAUCCAUCAAGUUGAUUACUCGCGAAGCUUCCGAACGUGUUGCUCGUUAUGCUUUCACCUAUGCUGAAUCCGUUGGUCGUAACCGUGUCACAGCUGUUCACAAGGCCAACAUCAUGAAAUUGGCUGAUGGUCUCUUCUUGGAAGUUUGUAAGCAAGUAUCAAAGGAAUUCCCCAAUAUCAAGUUUGACGAUGUCCUCUUGGACCGUGCUUGUCUUCACAUUACCUCUGAUCCCUCCAUCUAUGCUGACACUGUCAUGGUCAUGCCCAACUUGUACGGUGAUAUCUUGUCUGACAUGAGUGCUGGUUUGAUCGGUGGUCUUGGUUUAACUCCUUCAGGUAACAUUGGUCGUGACGCUUCCAUCUUUGAAGCUGUCCACGGUACUGCACCUGAUAUUGCUGGUCAAGAUAAGGCCAACCCUACUGCUUUAUUAUUAUCCGGUAUUAUGAUGUUGAAGCACAUGCGUUUAUAUGAUCAAGCUUCCAACAUUGAGCAAGCCGUUUUCAAGACUCUUGCUGAAGGUAAAGCCUUGACUGCUGACUUGGGAGGUCGUGCAUCCAACAGUGAAUACACCAAGUCUGUUAUUGGCAACUUGAAGUUCGAUUAAAUAAUUUAUAUAAAAUAUUAAACCUUUUUGUACACUAUUUUAAACAUCAUACGC